AUGGCCGUUGCCAAAAACCUGUCCUACUAUGACAAGUCUGGUGUGGUGGGAUCGACGCCCAGUUCAGCAUCUCGAAGCGGGUGGAAGUCGCGCAAUGGAGAGAUGUUGUACGAAAAUGGAUUUGGUCAUUGCAGCAGCAGCACAAGCUCGAGUCUAGACAGCGACGAGGACCGGUUCCAGGACGGUCUCAAAUGGGAGUACACUGAACAACUAGAGAGCAUCCGCGUGGAGAAGGUCAAGGUCAAGUCCGAGACUAAAAAGAGCGUUUUUUACUUCCGCGGUGUCACUCAAGUGGAGGGCACUAUUGAGGAGCGUCCUGCUUAUCCAUCUUCCUCGCAUUUGCAAACCAAGUACCCCACACGGGACGUUGAAGAAGCUCCUCCCCUCUUUAUUCAGUUGGAAAAUGACAUCCAGGCUUUCUCCAUGGGCCCGUCAAAACGAGAGCUGGGCCCUCCUUAA